CGUGCCGAAAAUCGGAGAGUAUAGAAGAGUGUGGUUAUUUAUUUCUAACUAUGGCUGAUAAAGCGGAAAACAUUACUCAAAAUGGGGAUGUUGCACCCCCGAAGUCUGCAAAACAGUUGGCUAAGGAAGCUGCAAAACAGGCCAAAUUGGAUAAGCUAAAGCAGAAAUUAGAAAAGCAGCAAACUGCAGCACCAAAGAAGGACAAGGAUGAGAAGAAGGAAAAGAAAAAGGAUAUCAAGGAAGCUGCAAUGUACACAGUGCCUACUCCAGAAGGUAACAAAAAGGAUAUUUUAAAUCUACUGCCAGACGCCUACAGCCCAAAAUAUGUUGAAGCUGCAUGGUACAGUUGGUGGGAAAAGCAGAAGUUUUUCAAACCUGAAUAUGGGCGUAAAUCUAUUGCCGAACCAAACUCAAAAGGGACAUUUGUUGUCGUAAUUCCACCACCAAAUGUAACAGGUUCGCUGCAUUUGGGUCAUGCUCUCACCAACGCCAUUCAGGAUUCAAUUGUAAGAUGGCAUCGAAUGAGAGGGGAAACAACAUUGUGGAAUCCCGGAUGUGACCAUGCUGGUAUUGCCACUCAAGUAGUCGUUGAGAAAAAGUUAUGGCGGGAGGAACAGAAAACGCGCCAUGAUAUUGGAAGGGAAAAUUUUAUACAGAAGGUCUGGAAAUGGAAGGACGAGAAAGGUGUACGUAUAUACCAUCAGUUAAAAAAAAUGGGUUCCUCUUAUGAUUGGGACAGAGCCGCUUUUACAAUGGAACCUAAACUAUGUCGAGCUGUGACUGAAGCAUUUGUCAGACUGCAUGAAGAUGGCACAAUCUACAGAUCAAACAGACUUGUAAAUUGGUCAUGCACUUUAAAAUCGGCUAUUUCUGAUAUCGAGGUGGAUAAGAUUGAGCUUCCCGGUCGUACUUUCCUCUCCGUGCCUGGUUAUAAAGAAAAAAUCGAAUUCGGGGUAUUGAUACACUUUGCUUACCAAGUCGAGGGUUCAGAUGAAAAAUUAAUAGUCGCCACUACUCGCGUAGAGACCAUGUUAGGUGAUACAGCUGUGGCGGUACACCCCGACGAUGACAGAUAUAAGCAUCUACACGGAAAAUAUGUUGUACAUCCAUUUUGCGACAGGAAAAUUCCUAUUGUCGCAGACGAUUUCGUAGAGCUUGGUUUCGGUACAGGGGCGGUAAAAAUUACACCUGCUCAUGAUCCCAAUGAUUAUGAGGUCGGAAAACGACAUAAUCUGCCUUUUGUUACCAUUUUUGAUGACGAGGGUAACAUCGUGGGAGACUAUGGCAAGUUUACGGGAAUGAAAAGAUUCCAUGCAAGAAAGGAAAUCAUCAAUGUCUUGAAAGAAAAAGGUUUAUAUGUGGAGACUACAAACAAUCCUAUGGUAGUGCCGAUUUGCAGUCGCAGUAAAGACAUUGUAGAACCGAUGCUUAAACCUCAGUGGUACGUAAGCUGCGGGGAAAUGGCCGGCAAAGCUGUUAAAGCCGUCGAGUCUGGAGAUCUAAAGAUUAUCCCCGAGAUGCAUAUAAAGACCUGGAACCACUGGAUGGAUGGGAUUCGGGAUUGGUGUAUUUCUAGGCAGCUAUGGUGGGGUCAUAGAAUACCGGCGUAUUUUGUAACGUUGAAAAGCAAACCGACUAAGGAUGCUGCUUCAGCAUCGGAGGAUGAUAAUCGUUGGGUAUCAGGCAGAACCGAAGAAGAGGCUCUGAAGAAAGCUGCUAAGAAAUUUAACACUACAGAAGAUGACAUAAUUCUUAAGCAAGAUGAAGACGUCUUGGACACGUGGUUCUCGUCUGCUUUAUUUCCAUUCUCUAUAUUCGGUUGGCCGAAUGAAACAGAAGACCUUCGAGUUUUCUACCCGACUUCCCUCUUGGAAACCGGCCACGACAUUCUCUUCUUUUGGGUGGCGAGGAUGGUGUUCUUCGGCCAGAAGUUAUUGGGGAAACUACCUUUUAAGGAGGUAUAUUUGCAUCCUAUUGUCCGAGACGCUCACGGAAGAAAAAUGAGCAAAUCCCUCGGGAACGUGAUCGACCCGAUGGACGUAAUUACCGGCAUAUCCCUCGAGGACCUCCACAAGCAACUCUACGACAGCAACCUGGACCCCUUGGAGAUCGAGAAGGCCAAGCUGGGCCAGCGGCAGGACUACCCCGACGGCAUUCCGGAAUGCGGUACCGACGCGCUUCGCUUUGCCUUGUGCGCCAUGUGUUCCGGAAGAGACAUCAACCUGGACAUUUUAAGGGUGCAGGGCUACAGAUUUUUCUGCAAUAAAAUCUGGAACGCCACCAGAUUCGCCCUUACGUACCUUGCGGAGGAUUUCCGUGCGCCCGUAGAUAACAGGGUGAUUGGAAACGAGAGUUUGAUGGAUCUUUGGAUGCUCAGCAGACUAGCUACUGCUGUUGCAGAUUCCAAUAAGGGUUUCAGCUCUUACGAUUUCACCCUGGUCACUACCGCCAUAUACAACGUUUGGUUGUACGAACUCUGUGAUGUCUAUUUGGAAUGUCUCAAGCCGGUUUUUGCUAGCGACGAUGAAGACGCAAAGUCGACAGCUCAGAUAACCCUCUACAGAGCUCUUGAGGUCGGACUACGUUUAUUGUCUCCCUUCAUGCCCUUCAUUACCGAGGAACUUUACCAACGCCUACCUAGACAUGCCGAAGUAGUGGAAAAAAUUCCUAGCAUUUGCGUAGCGCCUUAUCCCGAUAGUCAGGAAUGCCGUUGGAAGAAUGACGUUAUCGAAGGCGAAGUGGAAUUUAUACAGAAAGUGGCCAGAAGCAUCAGGUCCGCCAGGAGUGACUACAAUCUUCCAAAUAAAACCAAAACUGAAGUUUAUCUGCAGUGCGGCGAUGAGAUCACGGCCGAAAUGAUAGUCAAUUACAGUUCCGCCCUGCAGACUUUGGCGUAUUGUUCAAAAACCGUCGUUAACGAGAAGGCACCCCAGGGUUGCGCUAUAAUCACCGUGUCGGAUAAAUGCGAGGUGAACUUACUUCUAAAGGGCCUGAUAGAUCCGACGAAGGAGAUUGGAAAAAUUCAGAAAAAACUGGACUUUUUACAGGGAACUAAAGAGAAAGUUACCAAAGCCAUGAGCGCAGCCGAUUACGAGUCAAAGGUGCCAGGGGAAGUUCAGCAGGCGAAUACGGAGAAGUUAAAUCAGACGUGCGUGGAAAUAUCUAGGUUAGAGGCAGCGUUACGAUCUCUGAGAUUAAUGUAAGCGAAGAAAUUUGACGGUCGUCGGUCUGAAGUGCAUGCAAUAAUAUGUUUAUUUAUAUGUAGCGCAAUUUUUAUUUAUUUUAUUAUAUAUACACGGUGAUUGUUAGUAAUCGUAAUUACUGCUAUUUAUACACAUUUUUUACCUUUUUUACCUAAGAACAAUCACACAGUAUUAUAGUUUAAGCUUUACCAUGUAUUCGGGUUUUACCAUUAUGAAAUAAAAGCAAUUGCCACUA